AUGCCGACGUACCCUGUCUCACCCUCUUUAUCACUUUCUCUCUCUCUCUCUCUCUCUCUCUCUUUCCAUCUCUCUUUCUCUUUGUUUUUCUCUAUCCCUUUGUCUCUGUUUCUCUCGCUUUCUCUUUCUUUUUCUCUUUCUCUUUUUCUCUCCAUCUUUCUUUCUCUCUUUUGCCAUCACUCUCUUUCACUUUCCCUCUCUGUUUCUCUUCGUCUCGCUCUAUCUUUUUACUUUUUCUCUUUCUCUUUUACUCUCUCUCUCCUUCUAUCACUUUUCUCUCUCUUUCUCUCUCACUCUCUCUUUUUUUCCAUCACUUUUUCUCUCUUUCUCUCUCUCUCUCUUUCUCUUUGUCUCACUCUAUCUCUUUCUUCUUCUCUCUCUCUUUUGCUAUCACUCUCUCUCUAUUUCCCUCUCUCUCUCGUUCUCUUUGUCUAUCUCUAUCUCUUUCUUUCUCUCUUUCUCUCACUUUUUCCUUUUUCUCUCUCUCUCUUUCACUCUUUCUCUCUCUUUUGCCAUACAACUAGUCAUAUCCAAAGAGUUUAA